AUGUUUAGUCGGGUUUUGGAGUCGGACGGGUUUUCGAAAGAGGGUGGCACGUUGCCGUAUGUUCAAGCACAGAUUUUUGUUUUGGGUAUCCCACUUCUUUGGUCUGUUCCGAACGAAACUCCCAUGGCAGCAAUGGAGGACGGUGUACAGGAGCAAGACAAACUCGCAGAGUCGCUAAACGAUCUCUCCACCAAUUUCUCCAUCAUGAUCAAAGGCGAGCUUCAGGGAACAAAUGAUCUUCUUGAACUUUUGGAGAAAAUGAAUGUCAGAGUGGCAGAAGAGUAUAAAGGCUUUGGUGAUGUGGCUUCUGGGUUAAGAGUUUUCGUAGAGCAGUUAAAGUCUAAAAGUGGUAGCUUUGGUGAGUAUGUUGAGCAAAUUGAUGCGAUAGAGAAGCAAGUGACUGAAUUUGAAGCUGUAAUUUCGAUGCUUGACAAAUAUGUUGCUUUACUAGAAUCGAAAGUGAAAUCUGUUUACCCAAUCCCACCUUCAUAAAUAUGCUUCCUGUUAUAUUGCUGGAUUAUGUAAUCUUGUUACACUUAUAGCAAAUGGUUUUGCUUUGUGCACCUGCUUUCCCUCUUUAUUUUCACUGUUACUCGUAAUUUUUUGAGGGGUCUCUCUGAGCCAAAG